AUAGCGCGCCCUCUUAGCUUAGGGUUCAUCGGCGCGCGGCCAAUUUGAAAAAAAAAAACAAUCGGGGGAAAAUUAAUACGACUUUAACUGAAGUGAAGAGUCAGUAGGAACUUCACGAAAAUUUACUUCAUGGUGCAAUGUCUCGAAAAAGGAAGUUUUCAACUCAAGAUAUAGAGGAUCAAGAAAAUAAAAGGUAUUUCUUGGAUCCCGAGGCUGUUAGUCGUCAUCUGUACUGCUCCAUCUGCCAGGAAGUAUUUACUGAACCUCAGAGAGCACCAUGUGGCCAUAGCUUCUGUAAAGAGUGUAUUUUCACCUGGUUGAAGCACAAGAAGAACUGCCCAGAAGACAGACGUCCCUUGAAACGUUCCGACUUGCAUUAUGACUUUAUUGUCGCCAAUGUGAUCGGGGAUCACACUGUGGCGUGCCCCUUUCGUCGGAAGGGCUGUGAGUACUUGGGCAAGCUGGAUACAAUCUCCCUGCAUCGCAAAUCCUGUGCUUUCAACCCCGGCAACCUCCCAGCGUUUCUUCAUAAGGAGAAGAAUGUUCUCGGUGAAAGACAGCCCACUUCUCAAGGAUUGGAAGGUAGUGGAUCCUCAUUUUCCGAGAACAUUGCAUCACCCAUGGUACCAGACAAUGACAACCUACCAACGCCUGCCAAGCCUUCCCUGAAGAUGAGACUCUUCUGCAAAGGUGGCGGCCAGCGAGACCUCCUCUACUCCAUGUUUGAAGACGGCACCUCAUCGACGUCCUCAGACACAUCACCAUCUACAUCAUCAUCAUCAUCGACAAUGGCGGCUAAAGCAACAGCCUCAAGAACCAGAAGGAAAGCUGUUCAUCGUGAUGUCAUUAUUCUUGAUUCUCCAUAAACCCAGAGCUAUAUUGCUGACUUUUAAAAAUACCAGAUAGCUGGGAUGGCAACGUCACAUCAUUCUAGAGAUGACGGAUGACGACAGAUAUGAUCACCAGCGAUCAAGAAGAAAUUGCGACAGAUUACUUCAACAAAGAUCACUCUCCUGCUGGCCAGCUUAGUGCCUUCCAAGAGAUUGCAACUUCGAGAAAUGGAAUCAAGACCUUCAUUUCAGGGCCGAUAUUCAACUUGAUACUUGAGCCAGAAUUCAGUAUUUUGCUUGAUUAAAAUACUACAUUUUUUGGCUAGUUAUUUUGCUUGAAUCUAAGUCAGCUGCCUACCAGGCUUAAGUCUUACUUGCGUGCAGUUUACAAACGUGAUCCGCGCAGUCAUACAUUAUGCACACAGAUGAGUAAAUACAUUGGGCAUUAAUUGGUUCAAACUUUAUGAUGUCACAAUAGUUGUUAAUUAGUAUUUUGUCUAUAUUUGGCUUGAUAAAAUAAUAUUCUUACAAAAAUCAAUACUUCCAAUUGAAUACCGGCUCCGGGGCCUGUUGCAUAAAAGCUACCAUCAAGAAUCAAGGAUUCCACGAAAGUGACCAUUUGAUUGCAAAGUUACUACAAUAUGAAUUUUUAUGCAACAAGACCCAGAUCUCUAUUUGCAGCUCAAGACUGACAAUGCACACUACGCUAUCUUUUUGUGACCCAAUUUUGUAAAGUUUGAUAUAAACAUUACAAUCUGUGUUCAGACUCAACGAUCAAAUUUCCAAAAUGGGGGUAUGAGUCUCAAAAUAAUAUUUUAAUCAAUUGUAUUCCUCCUUGUAGAAAGAAAGCAAACUCAAAUCCUAAUUGCAGCAUUGUCACAGCAAUCUUACUUUGCCAUUGACUAUGAUUUGAAAAUGAUUUGGACUAUACUCGUAUCAUAUUAUUUGCAAUGAAUAACAUUUUGUUUUUCAUACUCCUAGCAUUAUUGCAAACUUCAAAAUUUGUUACAUUUUUUAACUCCCAUAUUUGACGGAAAAUGUGAUUAGUUAGAAAAAAAAUUGGAUCGCUGUCAGAUCGCGUAGUGUGCAGCAGGCUUGCCAUCAGAGAUCAAGAUUAGGCCCCUGUUUCAUAAAGCUUAGCGAUUGAUUGUGGAUGUGAAUUUUACAAUUUAUUACAUAUACUAUGAUGCAUGAUCACUUGUAAAAAUCAGCCCCGCGAUCAAUCACUAAGCUUCAUGUUAUGAGGGCCGUAAUGGCCCAAAUACACAAAGGUGGUUUUAAUUGUACCAUGGUACAAAUCUAUAUGGAGAUUUCUCUUACUAUCGCGCUUGAAUUUAGCACCCUUUGCCAAAAGUGCUCAUUUGUAAUGGACCUUGUGCAUGUGGCGUUAUAAUCUCAUAGCGCCCUCCCUCAGAGGAUAUAGGAAUACACGUAACAGAGUUGUCAGAGAUGUGCCAGCUGCAGAUCACCAACGCAUGCAAGGCAAUGGCUUCCGCCUCUGAAAUAGUGACACGAUGAUGUCAAUGCAUAAGUUCUAUUGGACUUUUCUUACUGUCCCUGAUGAGUAUCAUUAUAUACACAAAGCCUGCAUUGUCCAUGAUUUUGUACCAUGGUACAAUUGAAACUUCUUGAGAAUUCAGGCCACUUUGUUUGAUAUGUUUGAUAUACACAAAAAGUGUGACUUAAUAUCCCACUUCCGAAAACAAACCUCAUUUAUUUAUUUUCUUAUGAUAUUUAUAUAUGAUAAUCAUGACAAUUUGAAUGUAAUCUUGCAUCAUGGGUUCUAUCCUUCUUUUAACAAGACCAAAUAAUUAACUUGUCUUUAAUUACACACUGCUGAAGACAUAGAGGUUGUUUAUAUUCCUUUUCAUAUAAUGUUUUGAUUGAAUUCGCUUUCACAAAGAGCAAGUAACUUAAAGGUUCCUUUUUCAUUUGCAUUGGUCAUGUUCAUUCUGUUAUCUAAAGAAUGAUAAUUUAAAUUUAAGUCCUUUUUCUUCAAUUUUACUGUGAAUGAAAAUUAGAGCAAUUGGAGGAAAAUAGCAUAUAUUCUUACAGGUUGUUGCAAAGCUCACAUAGGUGCAUGUUUAGGCCAGGAGAACACCUGUCCCUAAAAAUUAAUUGAGAUAUCCCAUUCAUUUAUCAAUAGUAUAUAUAUUCCAUAUAUGGGUCAAACCUAUUUAGUAUUUCUUGCAGUCGCAAUCAAUUUUCAUCAUAUAAUUUAUCUUUUUAAAGGACAAGUCCACUCCAACUAAAAAUCCAGCAAGCAUAGCACUGAAAAUUUCAUCAAAAUCGGAUGCAAAAUAAGAAAGUUAUGACAUUUUGAAGUUUCGCUUCAUUUCGCAAAACAGUUAUAUUCUCAUCCUUGUCGGUAUGCAAAUGAGGGAACUGAUGACAUCACUCACUCACUAUUUCUUUUGUAUUUCUUUAAAUUAAAUAUGAAAUAUUCUAAUUUUCUCCUCAUUGACCUGUGAAACAAAGUUAUAUUUCUCCCUGAACAUGUGGAAUUACCAUUGUUUAACAUUUUAUGGUUCAGUUAAGUUGGUUCUUAUUUUCAAUUCCUUAAAAAUUGAAAUAGUGAGUGAAGGACAUCAUCCAUUCUCUCAUUUGCAUGUGACUAAAUUGUGCAUAUAACUAUUUUGUGAAAAAUAAGCGAAACUUCAAAAUUUCAUAAUUUUCUUAUUUUACAUCCGAUUUUGAUGAAAUUUUCAGCAUUAUGCUUGUCUGAUUUUUCUCGAUUGAUUCAAAUCAACAUUUUUCUGAGGUGGACUUGACCUUUAAAUACCGUUAUUCUAAGGUACAGAGCUUUCCUUUUUGAAAAAAAAAAAGAAAAUGGUAUUGCAGGUUCAUGUUGUGACAUGCAUCGAUUGCUUGAUUGUAAAACCAGGAUUUUUUUAUUCUUAAAUAAUUUUAAAUAAUUGAGAGCAUGCUUUUAGCCUCCUUGGAGCUCAUUAUGACCCUGCAUAUUCACGUCAUACAAGAGAUGAGUUUGGUUGAGUUCCCUUUAAGCUAACACCCAUGGAUUCUACUAUCUUGUAUAUAUUCUAUGAAUUGAAUUGAACAGAUUUUAAAUUGCAAUUUCUGUUCUCGCAAAUAAGGAAAUUUAUUUAUUUUCAGAAUUUAAUGAACAGAUGUCAGUUUGAACAUUUAUGAUUUUAGAAUUGGUAUGUUAAUGUCACUGAGAUUAACGUAUCCAACAACUAAUUGAAUCAUUACUUUAUUGGAAAAUUGGUAGGAUAGAACUAAAGUGUACCGUUCUUGAAAAAAUUGGACAUUCCAAUGCUCAUUGUUAUUGUAAGACUAUAACACCAUUUCCACUAUGUUAUUGUGUAAAUUAUAUACAUAGGUCACCGAAUACCAAAGUCUGUCACUUUAUGAAAGGCAGGGACUGUAUUUUUAUAUGAUUUUUCCAUAAUAAAUUCAAGGUUUAUGUCUUUUGAACGGUUACGAAGUGACAAAUCACUUUCAGGAUAAUAUCUGUUCUUAUCGAUUUUGUGAUGUAUCGGACAAAUGAGUAUCAUAAUGUAGUCUUUCAAAACUGAUAUGGAUGUAUAUAAAAAUACAUCAGAUAAUAAGCAAAUAAUUUUGGAUGGUUGAGGUGAUGGAAAAAGCUAUCACUUACAGAGUGAUUUGGAUAUUGGAAGAUUGUUUUUACAAAACCGUGAGACUGGCAAUAAAUUCUGAUUGUCUUAUACAUAAUUUUUUCAUAGCUUUUUUCCCGCCCUUAAUAAGUGUGAAUAUUGUAUACAUGUGUUGUAUUAAACAUUUUGUAAACAUUUUUAUUUCUUUGAGAAACAUUGUAAGACUGGCAGCCCAGAAGGUUCAUUCAAGUAACAGCACCGGAGGAGUGGGCCCUGGACCUCACGAAUAUGGACUGGUGUCUGGACUGUGCUGUGGUCAUCCUGCUUACUCACACAAUUUAUGAUGUCACCACUGAAAGACUUGUCUUUUUCAGCAUUCAGAGAAGGGCAUAUGGCAUCAUCAGGCAUGACAUACAUCCUUCCUAAAGUAAGUGCUUUGUGAUUUAAAUGACUUUUUAUGUAUAGAGUAUGCAAUACAACACAGUGAGGUUUUCCAGCUAUUCUGUUUUGAGGGCAACAAUUAUGAUGGUACAGUAAUAGUGGAAAGUGACUUUCCAUACUUGAGACAGUUUUUAGUCCCCCUUUUGCCUUAAUGGUGGUUUCAAUUAAAAUUAUUUUUAGAAUUUUGUUUAGAUUACUUUGAAAUAUGACUGUGACAAAACAGAAAAUGGUCUUUGUGUUUGAUGUGAUUCUGACAAGUGACAUUUUCAUUGUUUUCAUCUCAAUCCACUCUCUUUAUCAUUACCUUAAUUCCAUUCCACCCAUUCUCUUAUUCUCUUGUUUCUUAUGUCUCAAUCCAUUGAUCUCUUGUAUCUUUGUUCUUCCUUGCACCACUCCCCCUCCCUCUUACUGCCUCAUCCUCCUCUUAUUCUCAUUCUCCUAUCCCUUCCCCCUCUCCUUCUUUCUCUCUCUACUCCUAUUUGUAUUUUAUCUCUGAUUACAGACUUUCGUUCCCUCGUAUUCUCCGCCCCUCUCUAACACUCAAUAUCUUCCUUCCACACAAUUUCAACAUGAAUUCAUCAUGACUGAUGUUACAGUGUUCUCGUACAGCAAACUCAUAUUCAUUCUUCUUUGAAUUGAUUUUAAGAAAAUAAUGUAGAAGUAAUUGUUUCAAUACCAACUGCUGUGAUCAAUCUGCAGCAUUUUCAUUAUAUAUUGCAGUUAUGUUUCUAUGAAUGUCAAAUUGAACCACCCUUCUGAAAGGUAAAAAUUACUCCACAGCUCAAAAAGUUGGUCCUUUGCUCAUAGUUGAUGAUUGUAAACCCAAUGUUUGUGUGACACUGACAAGUGUGUAUCCUCUAAGACGUAACCUCAGAAUGAGUAUAGAUAGAUUGUGUGUAGAUUGGCUUAGGAAUGAUCAAUGGGUCUGUGUAGAAGGUAGAAGACUCAACAUAGUCACGUCUCCGUAAACACAGAAAAGUGUGUGCUUGAAUGUUCAUUCCCCUCUCUCUAAAAAAAUGCUUCAUCGAGGAUACUAUGGAUUUGGCCUCGUCUCGCCGCCGUGUCCGCUGCUGCAGAGAUAUCCUCGUGAGCACUCUACCAGCUGCAUUUCUUCUCCGAUCAUCUUCAACUUUGGCAUGAAGGUCCAUUAUGGUAAAGCAAAGCCGCCUAUUGAUUUUGGUGUGGGUGGAGACAUUGUUGCCAUGGUAACAAGAGUUUUUGUGAAAAUAGCAGAGAUUUCCUUGUGAGCACUCUACCAGCUGCAUUUCUUCUUCGGUCAUCUUCAAAUUUGGCAUGAAGGUCCAUUAUGGUAAAGCAAAGCCGCCUAUUGAUUUUGGUGUGGGCGGAUACAUCGUUGUGGUCUAGUGGUUAAGACUCUUGUCUUUCAAUCUGAGGGAUUUGGGUUUGAUUCCCAUCCAUGGCACGUUUUCCUUCAGCAAGAAAUUUACCCACUUUUUGUUGUCCUCAACCCAGGUGAGGUAAAUGUGUACUGGCAGGAAGUAAUUUUUCAAAAAGCUGUGAGCACCGGAAUUGGAUGACUAGCUUAGCCGGGGUAAUAUAGGAGCACUUCAAGCAUGUAACAAGGUGGAUUCAUGUGCUUUACGUGUAGAAAUCAUAUGUUAUUAUUCAAUACCAAGGAAACUUGUCAUAUGACAAAUGUUGAUGAUACAUCCUCAGGUGUUUCUCAUUUGAAGAAGGAUAUCUACAUCUGAGGCUGCUAGCUCUUCUCUUGUUAUACAUUUGGUGUUUUGCAGGUUCAUCCUCGCUAAUCUUGCAUGCAUACAUUAUAUGGACUUCAUGUGGGUCUUUAUAGAGACUCUGUGUACAAAUUGUUUCCUUUUGCAUUAUUUCAAGCUCCUUCAGACUAUGGCUGUUGUAUUUGGUUGCAAAUGAGGUUGCAACACUAGCAGUUUGACAGUACUUUUGUCAGGUUUUAGUGUACGGUCACAAGAGGGUGCCAUUGUUAUGUCAGAUUCCACAGGAUUCAUCCCAUCACUCCACUGAAGCAAGUCAAGAUGAAAACUAGACCUUAGAAGGAUCGCCACCUGUUUUCAUGGAAAUAUAUGAUAGAGCAACUGUGUACAUGCAACUUUGUACACAUGUUCUACCAUAGACUUGCUGUUGCAAGUAGGUGGACAAUUGUAUCUUUUCUCUUUUAUGGCCCUAUUUGAGUUAGUCAGUUGACAUUAUGGUGUUUUGAAUUUAAAGCUGCACCAUUAAUGGCCUAUCCCCUGGCAUACAGUCCUCAGAGCUAUUCUUUGUUGGUAAUUUGAUAUAGAGCCUUGUUAGAGCUAGAGGAGUAGACAGAAGGUUCCUAGCAUCAAGAACACUUAGAAAGUGAUGGGAUGUCAAUCUUAAAGGCCAGCUAUGCAUGGGAUUUCAGGCAGGAGUUUGAAUGGGCAGAGAUCGCCAAGUGCUGUGUAUAUAGGCAUUGACUGUCAUGUAGGUCUUAAAAAGGUGUUAUAGAUUGAGAAUGAGCAAUAGCUCCUAGUGCAGGAGAUUGGCUAGUCUACGGUGACAGUAAAUGAAGGAUUGUAUCAUCUCCCAUUCUAUCCAAUACAUAUGACAUUGCACUUCACAUUUUGAUACCCAUAUUGUAAUGUAAUUAUUGAUUAGGCAUUAUGAACUACCUAUCAGGGAAUAUGAAGCAUCCGGUGUCCACAGACUGGCUUAAAUGUUUAGAGCCGCAGGGUUCGGAGGCUCCCACUUCGCAUUACAUUGUCGUUGCUUCAAGCUCCUUUCUUUCAGAGUUGUGAGGUGAAUUGGAUAUGUAAACAUAAGCUCGUGUUUUCCGUCAACAAAUGGACGAAUGACCAAGACCCCCCCUCCCCAAACCACAAUGCUCACAAAACAACCAAACAAAGGCACAAAAAUAUUUAUAUAUGUUUUUUAAUUACAUUUAUUUUCAUAGAAAUACAAUUGAAUCAUAUGAACAAGAAAUAUUACAUUGACAAGCUAAGACAUAUCAUUGAUACUCUUCAUAUUAACUGCUUUAAAGCUGAAAGAAAAACAAAACAAAUUGUAAUAGAGUAAAAAAAGCUGAUUAAAUAGAACAUGUAAUAUCAGUCAUGAUUGGUGAUUGUUGAGAAGGUGUGGAAAGGAAGAGAGAGUGAUGGAGAUGGAUGGAUAGUACAGGGAGACUGCAAUCAAUAGAUUGAUAGAAAAGAUGAACAAAGGAGAAGAUGAAUAGAGAAUGGAUAAGGGAGAGAUGGAGGUGAUGAGAAAGAGAGGGGAAUGGGGGCAAUAAAAGAAGAGGGGGAAGUGCAAGGAUGGAUAGAGGUGCUACAAAAAGAUCAAUGGAUUGAGAUCUAUGAAGAGAGAAACGAGAGGGGGUCAAGGAAAUGGAAAAGAAAAGGGAUGGGGGUGCGGAGAGAAAAUUUGUUUUAGGGUGAUUGGAGAGACCCCUAAAAGAUCAAGGAAUAUGGGGGAUAGAGAUCCUCCUACUUAAAUUACCAUCAUAAAUGUCGCCCUCAUCGACAAAAACCUGUAAACCCUCAUUAUGUUGUCUUGCAUACUCUAGGCAAGUCGAAAUCACAAAGAACUUAAUGGACGGGGUAUGUCAGAAUUGAUGAUGGCAUGUGCACCACUUCUGAACAUUGAGAAAGUUAGUCUUUGGUGGUGGCGUCAUAAAUGGGUGUGAGUUUAGUGAGAAGACUACCUCACAGACUUGGUAUCAGACCAUUUUGUGAAGGCAGGGUAUGCUUCAUUGGUCUAGGUUACUGGCUUUGGGGCUCCUUACUUGAAUGAAUAUUCUGGGUUGCCAGUCGUUUUUUUUUUUUUUUGUGGUUUAUGAAUCUUGGAAAUAAAGGCUCUUAUCUUUUAUUUAUUUUUAUUGGUUUAUCUCUUAUUUUGAAUAUUUGUUUUCAAAGUCAGCACUGUUGCUAUAUUGAAUUGCGUUAUGCAGGCAAGAUUGCCAGAGGCGUUCCACUUGUGCAGUAUUAAUAUUAAAAACUUGAGGGUAAGAUUUUGAAUUUUCAAGAUGAAUCUGAAAGGAAAAGUCCCUAUUCCAUUAAACUUUAAUAAUGGUUAUUUAAUGUUUAUUGGCAAAUGGAUGAAUGUAAUUUCAUAUCACUACUUAUAUUAAAGUGACAUUGAAGGUUAAAGGUAGUUUUGGGGUCAGUAAAGUGAUAUUAGAAAGAGUUAAACAACUUUGCACUUGUUAAAUCAUCUGUCAGAAUCUGUUAAAUAUGCUUAACAUGCGUCUGAAAUUUCAGGUUACUAGGUCAAGGCCAAUUGCCAUUUCAGAUAAAUUAACUUAAAUGAGAAUUGAUAUGUUUAUUAUUAUUGAAAAAAAUACGUAAUCACAUGAAAUGU